AAAGAAUGCCGCAUUGAAGGUGCCUUCCAAUGGUGUUUGCUCAGUUGGUUUGCCCAUGCUUUUCACCGAAUAUCCGGCCAUAAAAGCCGGGACAAGGUCACCCAAACCACAGUUCACAGCGAGAUGCUUUGGCGUUGGGAGUAUCUCUUACUGGGCCUGCUGCUCCUGGCAGAGCUCACCCAACUGGGUGAAGCGGUGGCCAAGAAUAAUCAGCGGAGGAAUCGGAGGCUUCGAAAUGGAAAUAGUGGAAACAAAUUGGCAGCUAGAAGAAAUAAUACCAAUAGAACUACCGCCAAAAAACUUUCUACCAAAAAGGUCAAUCAAAAGAAGAAGACCUCCUCAUCCGCUAGUCCAGCUAAAAUACAAUCGAGAAUUGUGGGUGGCACCACCGCCAACAUUUCCAACUUUCCCUUCAUUGUCCAGUUGCGUCGCGGAACGAGUCUCUGUGGCGGAUCCCUACUCAACGAUCGAUGGGUCAUUACAGCCGCCCAUUGCGUCAAAGGACACAGUGCCUCCGAUAUUUCGGUGCGUGCAGGGACCAAAACUUUGGAUGGCAGCGAUGGCAUUGUUCGCUCGGUGGACUCCAUUCACAUAGCACCCAAGUUCACGACGCAGAAGAUGAACAUGGAUGCUGCACUGCUCAAGUUGAAUGCCUCGUUGACGGGCACAAAUAUCGGAACAAUCAAGAUGGCCACCUCGCGCCCCACAGCGGGCGCCAAAGUUCGGAUUGCGGGUUGGGGAAUCACCAGGGAGGGCAGCACUACGGCCUCCCAAACUCUGGAGGCCGCCACCAUACGAGUGGUCAAGCAGCGAAAGUGUCGAACGGAUUACCGGGGAAAGGCUAGUAUCACCAACUAUAUGAUCUGUGCCCGCGCUGCUGGCAAGGAUUCGUGCAGCGGAGAUUCCGGUGGCCCGGUGGUGAUAAACAACAGCCUGGUGGCCCUCGUAUCCUUCGGCUAUGGAUGCGCAAGAGCCGGUUAUCCUGGCGUCUACACACUCAUGUCCGCAGUUCGUCCUUGGGCCAACAAGGUUAUGGCCAAUAAUUAGGGAUCGCAAGUCUGAUCUAAAACUAGAACUCUGAACUAGAACCUAAGGUCGUUAGUUGCUACGUGCGAUUUAAUAAAUAUU